CCAGUAUCCCCCGUGUGAGCAGGCCACAAGGACGACGUCCCACCUUAGUUGCUCUGUGGACGUGUGAGGGGAAGGGUGUGUUUCCUCCGCCUCUCACACCUGUAUUAACUCAAACCAACUCCUAACACACUCCAACUCAGAUCAUAUGAAACUUGAACUGCAUUGAAGUGCUAAAAUAUUACAUAAAAGCUAAAAUAUUCCUUAAAAAAUAAAAAACCUCGAAACAGGUGCAAAUCGAAUACCAAUCUCUUUCUUCCAUUCACCGCUGCAGGAAAACCAAAGUUCGCGAACUGAGCCGAGGAUAUAAUCAACAUCUUACAAAAAAUAAAAUAAACAUCGAAAAGAAAAAAAUCAUUAUUCGAUUGUCCAAAUCUCUCUUCAUUUUUUCUUCACACCCUGCCGUUUUUAGAUCCCCCCUCACGUCCACAAAGGUUACCUAAACCCAAGCUUAGUAGCAGCAGCCUGCCUGACGCCUCAAGCACUUUUGAUUAACUCAUAUAAAUCAAUCCAUUUUUACCGUGAAGUUCAAGUAGUGUCCCUCCCUUCCCUGGUGGACGAUGCUACUGGGGGUCAGUGAAUUGGAGUAAAAGGCUGCAUUCCGCUUUUUGGGAGGAGGUACAAGACUGGACCCUCUGGAGAGAGUGCUAUAUAGUGCCUAGAAGCGGCGACAGAGACGACUGUAGAGAUUUGCGAACGAGUUUUUUGUUGAUGUGGUAUAAGAUUGUUUAUGAGAUAUUGCGAAGAGUGAAGAUAGAGUAAUGAAAGGCUGGUGGAGACUUCAACGCUCCCGAGAGAUGGCGGCGAUGCUAUCCUGCAGAGAAUGAACGGAACCGCCCCAAGUCCAUUCUGAUCCCGUCGAAGGGAGGAAGGAAGGAAGGAAACAAGGCGUCCUUCGACGUCUCGGUGAUAGUGUCCUUUCGGUGCAGCAGCAGCACGGCCUCCUGAGCCUUUCGAAGGGAGGAGGUGGAGGAGUCGUAGAAGGCGGUGUGGCGGCAGGAGCGACAACGACGGCGCGCCCCCUCCCCCUCCCUGCUGCAGUGCCCCCCCUACAGCCGAUGGUGGAGGAGUCGUGAGCGAUAUGCCGCGCUCAUGGUCGGACUCCCCCGUGCCCUGCUGGGGGCGCAGCAGCAGUUCUCCGGCGAGGUGACUAACCCGACCCGAAGGACGCCAUGUACUGAGACGACGGUUGUGAGUUGGGGACUCGCGGUGGGUGUGGAGGCGGCCUCCAGGCACGGGCCCCAGGGACACCCCCAGGCCGCCCCCAGGGGCCCCGGACCUGCUCGCCCACUCUGGCUGGGCGGCCCAGGGGCGGGGGGCGGCCGCCAUGAACGGACGCGUGGUCCACCAGGAGGAAGUGGUGACGGUGCAAGUGGCCUCCUCGACCACAACCACGACGACGGCUUCGUCCGCCGUCCGCACCAACAAUGGUCCCCCGGCGGCGGCGGCGCCGCCGCCCCCUCCCCCGCCGCGGAGAGCGCUGCUCCUGGAGCAGCGGCGGGGGGCGGGGGGCGGCCGCAUCGCUGGUCCGCUCUGCGCCGACGGAGGCGGAGAGUUCACCUUCGAGCUCAUCGAGAACUACCCGACGCUGGGGCUGUCGGCGGUGCAGGACGGCUCCGGCACCAUCAUCAACUGGCGCGGGGCGCGGGGGGGCGGCGCCCCCGCCCGCUUCUCGGCGCGCCGCGGCGGCGGAGGCGGAGGCGGCGGCGGGUCGUCGCGGAAGGACCACAAGGACAUUCUGGAUUCCUACUCGACCCGGUGCGGUAGUCGUUCGCCCAGGACGCGGCCUUCCGUCCUGGAUCCUUACCUGCCCAGCUUCCAGCAUCUGCUGUGUGAUCUGGAACUGGUCAAUUCGUCUCUGCAUCUCAAGAACUAUCCCGUUUGCGAGAACGAUCUCUUCGAUGUUCAGAUGUCGGUUCCCCCUCCCGACUGCGGAGGCGAGGAAGAGCGCGAUCGGACAGAAACCCGGGGGCCUCUUCCCCCUGGGCCGCAGAUCACGGACCACCAGGCGCGAGCCGCCCUCCUGGCCCAUGUGGCCGAUCGCUGCUGUUGGGGAUCGGGCGCCGCCAAGAAGAUGGCCAUCGCUAAAAUCAACUACGACUCUGCCUUCCAUUACGAGCUGCAGACUUUCACUGAGAAGCGCGAGACAUCCUGGGCCUUUACGCCCUACGGCGGGGGCGACGUCGACGGGCCCUCCAACGGCCCCGCCCCUCUCCCCUGGGACGUGGAGGCGCGCCCCACCCACAUGUUCCACGAUGAGGUGAAGGUCGUCCAAGUGCCCCACACGGCUUCGGUCAAGGAGUGCCACAGGUGUAAAGGCACGGGGUCGCUGCAGUGCUCCGAGUGCCAUGGCAAAGGAUGGACCCGCUGUUUGACGUGUCAUGGAGAUGGGUGGUAUACGGAUUCCUCAGGAUACAAAGAUCGCUGUUUCUACUGCCAGUCCUCUACUCAUGGGCAUGGUCGCCAAGACUGUCUCAAGUGUAAUGCCAAGGGGCGUGUUGCAUGCCCUCCUUGUGACAGCUACGGUCAGAUACGAUGUUUUAUCCGUCUGACUAUUACAUGGAAAGUAAACACUUCCGAACACAUUGUGAGGAAGGGUGGCUUACCCGAAGAGUUGGUGAAGGAAGUUUCAGGUCAGGUGGCCUUUGAAGAGGAAGGACCUCGCAUCUACCCUCUCACACAAUUCCCUGACAACACUAUUAAUCUAGCCUCUGCACAGCUCGUCAACAAUCACAAGAAUAAGUUUGUUGACGAGAGGAUUUACUGCCAGAGACACCAAGUCCGCAUCGUGCCAGUGGCCGAGGUGGAGUAUGGCUUCAAAGGUGGUCCUGGGAAGUUCUGGGUGUAUGGCUACGAGAAUAAAGUCCAUUCUCCCGACUAUCCACAAACAUGUUGCUGGGGCUGUUGCUGUUGCCUUAUGUAGUUCGACCGAAGUGUCAUCACCAUCGACAUAAUCUCAGAUUCCACCAAAGCAAUGCACAUGAUUCACCUCUUGAAUUUUCAAUGGGAAAUAUGAUGUUUUCGAGCUGUUACUAAAAAGCCUAGGUUACUUAACAGUUAUGCAGGAAGAAAAAAAGAAAUUUGAUACCUGUUAUCACACUACAGUAUGUGCUUGUUACAAGUAAGUGUUUUUCUACUGUAUAAGUUCUUUUGCACAAUGAUUUAACCCUGAUUUACGUCAGAUCAUUGCAGCAUAAUAAUAAGAAUUUAACGUUUGAUAGAUAUUCUUAGGAUACAAAGUGAAUUCAUAUAUUGUAGGGCCUUAUUUUAGGUUUUUGCAAUAUUUUACAGUGUUUUGUGGAAUGUCUUGGUAUGUUGAGUUAUCAAGGAAAAUAGAUGGGCAGGUUUCGUUCUACAACUCGGUUGAUCUCGCCGAGUAUGAAACGCGUUGAUUGGCAAAACGAGUGCAUCAACCAUUUCUCAGUUUAUGCAUAAUUGCUAACAUGAUUCAUGUCGUCAGUUUAAUUUCUUAAUGUUUAUAGAAAUUUCUAUGAAUAUUUCUGACGCUUGACUUUGGAAGAUAACCCUUGAUGUAUCUUCUUUUUUUUAUUUUGCCUUUCUCGUCAUUCAUUUCAAACCAUCCACAGUGGUGUAACCAUUUAUGCUGCAGCAUAACUUAACACAACUUUAAAUAAUUUUGAUGUUGUAAAUCGUGCUGGCAGGAUGAACGCAGUCUUCAUUAGUUACGAUAGCUCUCAAAAUGUACAGUCUGAGUGCAUUUAGCCUUGUUACAUGACCAAAUAAUAAAAAAAAUUGCUGCUAAAUGAGCAGGAAUUCAAACUGCAUAAUAUAUAGGUACUAUGUACAGGACUUGCGACGCUUUUAACAUGUAACAGGAUUUUGGUAGAGGAUGACUGCAUCUCCUCCUUCCUCCUUUUCCUUCCAGUAGGUUUUUACCUUCAAAUUCUCAUUCAGUGCUGUAUACAGGUGACAAAGUUUUCUUACUGGUAAUAUUAUACACAGUGAUGCUAUACAAACAUUCAAGGCAUUUAGAAUUAUUUGGACAGUUGGUUAGUCUUGAUUUUUACCAGCAACUUACGUGUUUACCUAUAUUAUUGUAGGUAGCACGCUCAUAUAAUUUAGCAUAUGAAUUAUCCUACUUAAAAGCGUAUAUUUUUUACUGAUUAGGUAUUUUGAACAUUUACAGCAAUCUCGUUUCCUUUUGGUAUCUAGCGUUGUAAUGGGAAAAAAAUUAACUAUAGUCCAAAAUGUAUUUCUGGAGGUGUGUGAAGUUCAUGACGAAAUUCCUAGCAUUGUCAUAAUUCAUAAGUUAAGGGACAUGGCUAAUGUAGUUGAACUUUUCCAGAGCUUUUAUUAGAUUUUAAACACAAAAAAAAAUUCUUCGUAUCCCCGUUAUGAAUGCAUAACAACGCGGAUAAAUGUAGUUUUAACAAUAUACUAAAAUUAGAGAUUUGGGAAAAAAAAAGUUGACAAUUGGUAUGGAGCUGUAAAAUGACAUUUUUACAGUUGCAAUAUUCCUCUAGUCACACUCAAGCUUUCCCCGUUUUUCAGUAUACAGUAUAUUUCCUAACGGACUGAAUCACUUUUACAAUGAACUGGCUUACAUGGAAAAUAAAAUAUUGUGCCAAGAUAUUCAAGAACCAAGGAAGAAAAGUUGGAUAAUUGUUUCCGAAUGCAAAUAGCGAGAUUUUAAUAUUUACAUGAACAUGUGAUACAGUUAUAGAAUUUAUAUUUCUAGUCAUUCCUAUUCUAGUCAACACAUUUUGUCAUGCCGCUGGAGAUGGUGACUUUGACUCUGCAGAUAUUAUUAUCCCCGUGGGAGGGAUAUGGUGCCGUCAGUGAACACCUCACGCGGUGCACUGUAGGCAUGACUUAAUUAAGGUUCCUUGCAGCGUCCCUUCGGCCCGUUGCUGCAACCUCUCUCAUUUCUUUCCUCCAUCUUCCUCUCCACCCUCUCCUGACAGUUGAUUCAUUGCAAUGCAACUGCUAAAGGUUUCCCUCCUGUUGAACCUUUCAAACCUUUCUACUGUCAAUUUUCCAUUUCAGCACUGAAUGGCCUCAUAGGUCCCAGCGCUUGGCCUGCGGCCUAAAUCCUCUAUUCUAGUCUAUUCUGCAGAUAUUCAUUCUCACUUAUUGCAUCUCAUAUUUUAUUAAAGGUCCCCAAUACGUACUACAGUACUGAAUGACUGUCAAUUGUUACACUUUUCUGAUCUCCAGUUAGGUGAUUUUAUAUCUUAGUCCUCAGUCAUUUCAAUGUUUAGAGCGAUUUCAAGGGUACUUAUCUCCAGUUGCAUAUCUUGGCAUUAGGUUAAAAAUAAUACAAAAAAUUAUAAUGUAUAGCUCUAUUUACAUAGUACAGUCAGGUAUAUUGACAUUUUGCUCCAAACCCAAAGUAAAAACACAUUGUUAAAUGUAUAAAUAUUAUAGUUUGUUUUACUGGUUGAUAUAUUGGAUAAAAAUUUAUGAUAUUUAAGCUCAUAGAGAAUGCUUGACAGCAUUCUAUAAAACGUCGGUUUGCUACCAGCACAUACCUUGACUCCGUUUCCAGGACGAAUUCAAGCUUUUCUUUUCAGUAUUUUCAGAACCAAAGCAUUGUCAUUGUACUGUAAUGGGUUUUUCUUCAGCAAAACUCAUCAUCAUUUUGGCACAGUCAUGGUGGUAGCAUUGAUGUGAUGACCUGUGAAAAGAUCACUGAAGCUCCCAAAAAUUAUGUAAAUAUAGAUCUUAGAAGUGCUUACAAUGUUCAAUGUAGAUGUAUUUAAUGUCUCAUUGUGUAUGACUGCCACUUCAUUUUAUUUGUUUGUACUGUAACUAUAAUAAAUAAAAAGGAUUCAAGUUAUAUAGUGUGCAGCUGGCACUGCUGAGUUUCUGGAGGUCACGUGUCUUUCUUCUUUCGAGCGCGGAAAUUGAACCCAGUUACAUAAAUCAUCUCCAAAAGAAGCUAUGCAUGCAAGAGUUGGGGCUUGUAGAGACUGGUCUGUGAAAUCUCAGAUUUGCCACUUGUCACACGUCGAUGUAAAGUAUAAAAGAGUGUAUUCUAUCACAGAGCAAAUGCUUGCAGGAUGCUUGAAGGAAGGACCCCGAGAACCUUUAGUCAGCGAAGACAAAAAUUUAAAAAUGUGCGGUAUAAUUUUCCUCUGUGGUUUAUUAGCCAUUCAAGAUCGAUCUAUCUUUUGAUAUUUAUGAAUUUUGCUGUUGCAGUUGUAUUGGAGUGUUCAGAAACUUCGUUUCGGGGACUUCAAUUGAACGAAAACUAUAGUAUCCUCAGUGGUGACUUGGAAGACCUCUAGAGAUGCCCCAUAACCACCUUUCACAUUUUUACAUCAUAGCCCUUAGGUGUAGAAGUAGGUUCAUUGGCAGUUAUAUUUUACUAUACUGUGCUGUACUAUAGUUACUUAACAUAAAAAAAACAAAAGCAUUUGUUCCUACAAGUAUCUGCCAAGAAUUUGUUCCUUGCUGUGUUAUGUGCUUGCUUCGAAAUGGUUCUGCCUAUCUAUGAUGACUCAAUACAAGGUUUAUGAAACACAGCGACAUUUCUUUCGACAUUAUAAAUUCGCUCAUUAUCGAAAACCAACUGUAGAUAGCCAUUAUACGCCUCUCGAGUAACACGGAAUACCAAAGUAUCUCGAUAGUUACUUGGUACUCCUGUUAUUUCCCUUGUACAGCAUUUACAAAUGAACGAGUUAAGAGUUCAUUGCCAUUUUUACAGCAUGCUCGUGCAUUCAUUCAUGGUCAUUUUGUAAAGUAACAAGAAAAUAAAAAUAUAAAGUACUUGUGUGAAAUCUUCAAAGAAGCUGCAGUGCAGACCAUAAGUUCAAUACUUUUUAAUAUUUAGUCAUGAGUGUGCCAUUGCGUAUAUUCUAGUAUCCUACUUUUAAAUUUAUAUUCCUGAAUUCAAAAGGAAAUUCAUGUAGUGCCACAGAUAAGAAUAUUCAUUUGCCAACUUGUGCGGUGGCGUCGAUAUAUCUCAGACUGCCACUUUCUUAAUAUCUGUUGUUGGAAAUGGAUGGAGUUUGUAAAAAAAAAACUAUAUAGGCUUUCAGGUCCAAUUUGAGGAAUGUGCUUAUUGUAUAUGUGGACAUUGUUAUUAUUAUGGAUUCACGUCGCCUGAGUAAGACAGGAUGGCAAGAAUCGUUCUUUGAAACGAAAACAGUUGUAUUACUUGAUAACUGGCUGGGGUGUUGUUGUAUUGUCAGUGAUUAUCAGUAAACAAUAGCACUUGAUUCUUACACAUAAAUUUAGCCACUCUCAUACCAAGGUGAUAGAAAAAAAAUGGGCGACGUCUAUAUGUGUUCGAGGAUCAUUAUUGCUUUUCAUAAUAUUUCUAGUCAGAGUUAUUUUCUACCUCAUUUCGUGUAGCGCUUCUGAAGUAGUCAUUUGCCAAUGCAUAUAUAUGAUGCUGUUACUCAUGGUCACACUCGAGUUAUUGGUACUGAAAUUGGCAUUAGUUAUUAUAUAUAUAAACAACGCUCAGAUACGCUGUAGUUAAGUAUCAAAGGGUCAAAUUCAAAGACUUGGAGUUGAAAUGUUACAUAUUUGCUUGAAUCUGUUAUGACAAUGACUGUGCAUUACGUUCUCUGAGUGCACCUUUCCUUUAAGUUUUGUGUAACGACAGUCACCUGGAGGUUAUUUUGUCUACUAGCCAGAGCUCUUGACUCCUUGGGAAGAGAGAGAGAGAGAGAUCAGAGUUUGAAUUUCUUUUUAGUCUUUAAAAAAUGUGCAAGUAACAACUGCCAUAGAUACUGCUUGCUCGAUAUGUACACUUGUACGAGUAGAAGAUUUUGUCAAGUAGUCAUACUUGGUAGAGGCUUUUUAUGAAUGUAUUCUCAUUUGUAAUUUAAAUGUAUAACCUGUAUAUACUGUGUAUGUCAAGAGAUCUUUUAACUGAUGGAGCAGCUUUUGAAAGUCGUGUGGAAAAUAAUUGAUAUAAUCAUUUGAAGACUCUUAAGGUGUCUAAAUACACAUGAAGCCGGAAACAUCCACCCUCACUGUACAUAUUCAUGUAAACAACUUGAUAAAAAAAAAAAGAUCAAAGCCACUGUGUACAAACUAAAAAAAAUGAUUGCUAAUACAACUCAAUAUACAAUACAUACACUACACAAGUAUUACAAGCAUCCAUGCAAGCAUACAAGUAUUGUAUAAGGUAACAAGCACAUGUGUUUUGAUAUAUAUAUUAUAUAUAUAUAGAAGCCUCAUACUUUUCAUGGUUGAUCAUUGUUUUGUAAGCGCACGUCAUUCCCACUGCAGUGUUUAGGGAGAAAUAUAUAAAAAAAAGCAAGUCUUCACCAUCAAGAGAGUUCUUUUCAUAGUAAUCAGGGCCACACACUAAGCAAAUUUCUAAGGAAGAAUGAAUUCACUAACAGAGAAGCUUCAGUAUGGAGGAAAACCAAAGCUCAGCGCAAAUCUUAGACAAACGAAUGACCUGAAUACUGUAUAAUAUCCAGGCAGGUGAGCAUUCUCGUAUGUAGUCUAUUUGAGUUUUAAGAACUUCAUAAAAAAAAACAUGAACAGUUUGCUGUAACAAACUAAGCUUUAGAUCUACUUCUUAACCUUUUGAGAUUUUUGGGGGAAGUGUUCCAAAACUUAUCUCUGGUUCUGACUUCUGAUUAAAAGCUAAGAAAUAAAAUUUUCUGUCUUGCUGAAAAUUUUUCUUGAUAGUGUGCUGGAUUAAACCCAGUCAUUAUACUUUGUUUUGGUAUUUUUCAAUCAUUUUUUAUAAUAUAGUGAUGUGUGAUUUUCAUAAAUGUCAAAAUAAAAUAUAUUGGAUAACAUAAAUUUAUAUUCUGAUAAUACAGUACUGCUGUUUCUGUCAGUUAUUGCAUAUAAAAAUGUACGGAAAAAUUGAAAACUAUAAUUUUGUAUUUCAGACAAGUUUUAAAAAAUCUCAAGGGUUGAGAUGUGGUCUUAAGGCUAAUUAGAAUAGAAUCCUGUAGUAAGUGAGGGAUGUUGAUAAGAUCGAUUGACUUUGAUGAAAAUUAAGGACAUUGGGUAUGUAGUCUACAAUACACUAUGAGAAUAAUGGUUGAUUUGUUAACAUUUUCAGUUGUUCUCCCAUAAAACCUUGCUUAAUAAGGACUCUGUGUUUCAGACUCUCUUUUUUAUUGUAAUGCUGCACCCUUCUGAAAAACUGCAUUGGCUUGUGUAGAGAAAUAUAAUCAAUCUUGAAAAUAUUUGGAUGUGUACAUUCCAGUGUUCGUCUACAUUACCAAAAGUUUUGCGGCAUGUUUUAAAGACAGCCAUUUAAAAUACGGUCAUUUUUAAAUUAUUUUUGAGGGAAUCAGUCAGCAUAAAUGUCCUCUAGAUUUGUCCGGUUAACUUGGUAUGAUUAUUUUUAUUCAUUUCUCAUUCUUCACAAAGUAUUUGGUAAACAUUCUAACUACUUGCAAACCUCAAAAUCCGUAAAAAUUUUCCUGCAAAUCAAUUCAUACCUCACGAAUGCCGUAGUUCAGAAUGGUUCAGUACUUAAGAAAGGUUUUUAGUUACGUGGUCAUAACAAGAAGGAGACUGAAAUUUUAGAAUUUAAAUCUUGGCCUGGUAUGUUAUUAGUUUUAAAUGCAAGCCAAAUUUGUUGAGAGUUUUUUGCGAAAUGCCAAAGCAUAAAUAUGUAAAGUGUAGACGCCCUAGGUUCAAGAUUUCGAUUUUUAUAUGGAGCUGUACUGUAGUUUUAAAUCUCACAGUACAUUACUCCGCAGGAUUACUACUUAAAAAGGCCUUUGUAAGUGAAUUCUUGAUCACGUCCUACGCAGAAAUUUGGUUAGUAAAUGGAGUCGUGGUUUCUUACGAUACAUGUAACUGGUACAAAAGGAAAAGUUCUUUGUGUAGGAAUUAGCAGUAGUCAUAGAUUAUCUGCUGUGUAUCAUGCCAAAGUAAGUUGCAGCUUCAGUUCUUCGUUCUAAAAUUUGGGUUUUUUUCAUCAUUUUUUCCAUUUGAUCUUCCUUCCUUCCUGCUUUUGAAGCUUGAGUGACUUUCGAUGUUUGAUGUCCAGUCAUGAUGACCACCCAUUAGGCGUUUUUAAGGUAUCAUUCAUCUCCAUAUUCACUUUUACCACUUCUUAACGAGAAUACCGUAUGUAAAUGUAUUCGCUUCUCGAAUCAGAAUCCUUCCUCCCCCCCCACCCCCCCCCCCCCCCCCCCCCCCCCCCCCCCCCCCCCCCCCCUGCCCCCCCCCCCCCCCCCCCCACCCCCCCCCCCCCCCCCCCCCCCCCCCCCCCCCCCCCCCCCCCCCCCCCCCCCACCCCCCCCCCCCCCCCCCCCCCCCCCCCCGCCCCCCCCCCCCCCCCCCCCCCCCCCCCCACCCCCCCCCCCCCCCCCCCCCCCCCCCCCCCCCCCCCCCCCCCCCCCCCCCCCCCCCCCCCCCCCCCCCCCCCCCCCCCCCCCCCCCCCCCCCGUCCCCCCCCCCCCCCCCCCCCCCCCCCCCCCCCCCCCCCCCCCCUCCCCCCCCCCCCCCCCCCCCCCCCCCCCCCCCCCCCCCCCCCCCCCCCCCCCCCCCCCCCCCCCCCCCCCUCUCACACAUCCUGUAUAAAAACAGCCCUUGUCUUUGUUUUAAACUUUACUUUCCAGACUCAGCAAACAAAAUUACUAUAUAUAGUCCCUUUGGUUUCUCCCGUUUGACACUGUCUGACCAUUCCAUCCUUCCUUCCUAUAAUGCUACAGAGUGGUGACUCCCCUUCACGAUUCUUUCCUUCUCUGUCCCUGCAACUUCUGUAUCCACACAAGUAGCUUAGGCAUUUGUUGAACAUUCAUCCAUUACUCGCAUCCAUCAUGUCACCAAUGAUUUUUGUCAUUUAUUUGUUGCACCUCAUAAACAUACUAUUUCGUUCCAAUGUUCAGUGGAAAAGGUCAGUGGAAUGCAAUGAAAUUUUUAAAUCUCUGUUCACUUUAUUAGGUGUGGAAGGUUAAUUUACAACACUACAGUAUUCCUCUUACAUAAGAGAUACUUUUGUUUUCAUGGAAUUUAAAGACUUUUUUUCUCAGGAUGAAUAAAAAUGUAUAUUUCAAAUCAUUUAUAAGCAUCUUCAAGCACUGACAAUUAUUGUUGAAUAGUUUUAAAUAUUUAUUAUUUGAAUUAAUGUAAUUCAUGGUUUACUCAUCUCUUCUCAUUUCAUGUCAUCAACUUGAAGUAUCAUUAAUGAAAUAAAUGUUGGAAACAAG